AUAUGUAACUGUCCAACUUCGAUAAAACAUAACCAAAACAUUCAGUUAAUAAACAUACACAAAUAGAAAUUAAGCCUACAAACACAAUAUUAUGGAAGUGAUGACGAUGAUCCUGUUAGUCUCAGUCAUCUCCAUCUCGAUUUCAAUAUCAUUUGCAUUCCUUUUCGGCCUCCACCACCACUUGUUCUUUAACAAGAACAAAUCCUCCACCACCACCACCGCCGCCGGUCCCCUGCCGCCAGGAAAAAUGGGGUGGCCCCUGGUGGGGGAGAGCCUCCAUUUCCUGUGGGCCGGGUGGAAGGGACACCCGGAGAAGUUCGUCUUGGACCGAGUAGCUAAGUACUCAUCCACUGUUUUCAGAACUCACCUUGUGGGCGAGAAAGCCGCCGUUUUGAGCGGUGCGAGCGGCAACAAAUUCUUGUUCUCAAACGAGAACAAGCUUGUCAAGGCAUGGUUCCCAAGUGGCAUCGACAAAAUUUUCCCAUCUUCCACUCGAUCUUCUUCCGAAGAAGAGGGCAUCAAAUUGAGAAGAAUGCUCCACACUUUCUUGAAAACCGAAGCCCUUCGUCGCUACAUCGGUAAAAUGGACCAUAUGGCCCAAACACACUUUGAGGAGGGAUGGGAGAACAAGAAAGAAGUCGUAGUCUUACCUCUUGCAAAAGACUACACCUUCCAAUUAGCUUGCAGGCUUUUUGCAAGUGUUGAGGAUCCUCAACAGGUUGAUAGAUUAUCGAAACCUUUUAAUCUCUUGGCGUCAAGUUUGUUUGCCAUCCCCAUUGACUUGCCCGGAACACCCUUCAGUAAGGGUAUUAAGGCCUCCAAGAUUGUCAGACAAGAGCUUGUUUCCAUCAUCAAACAACGGAAAAUCGAUUUGGCCCAAGGGAAAGCUUCGCCCACACAAGAUAUUCUAUCCCACAUGCUUCUCACCAGCGAUGAAAAUGGCAAUUUCAUGCAAGAGUUUGAUAUUGCGGAUAAGAUCUUGGGCUUGCUGAUUGGAGGUCGUGAUAGUGCUAGCGUUGCUUGCACUUUUAUCGUCAAGUAUCUUGCCGAGCUUCCCCAUAUCUACGAUGGAGUCUACAACGAACAAAUGGAGAUUUUGAAAUCAAAAUCUCCAGGCGAUUCACUCAACUGGGAAGACCUACAGAAGAUGAAAUAUUCAUGGAACGUCGCUUGUGAAGUCAUGAGACUUGCAACACCCGUCCCCGGAACAUUCCGAGAAGCCUUUGCUGAUUUUUCGUACAAGGGUUACUCUAUUCCAAAGGGUUUCAAGCUAUACUGGAGUGCCACCGCUACUCACAAAAACCCGGAAAUCUUUCCGGAACCGGAGAAGUUCGAUCCAUCAAGAUUUCAGGGAGCAGGGCCCGCACCCUACACUUUUGUUCCUUUCGGAGGGGGGCCGAGAAUGUGCCCUGGACUAGAGUACGCAAGAUUCGAGAUUCUGGUGUUCAUGCACCAUCUUGUCAAGAGGUUCAAGUUCGAGAAGGUCAUUCCUAAUGAUGGUAAAUUUGUUGUCGAUCCAAUGCCGAUUCCCGCCAAGGGUCUUCCUAUCCGCCUCUUCCCUCACCUAAAUUAAACCUUAUUUACAUAAUAAUUCGAUUAUUUCAUAAUAGUAAAUUCUUUUAUUCAUUCCACUAGCUCCGAUAAUUUGAGCUAUUUUUUAUUUCGACUUGGUUUGUCAUAACUUUAGUUUCUUUCUUGAUGAAUUAUUACAUGAUGCAGUUAUCUCAAUGGGAAAUUUCUAAAUAUUCGAUUUUGAUACCCUUCCUUUGUGCGCCGAACGUCUUUAUUUGUUAUUGUUUAUAUCUUCGU